UGGCGAUCAGGUCUUCGCGUUAUGCCAUAAAUACAGGGAGGAGGAAGGAGGAGAUGCGGAGUCGCAGCUCGAAGUGGCGAGGCAGGAAGGUGAAGUGGCGAUGGCGAGGAUGGAGGGGUUGCUUCUUCGGCAGGUCGCUUUGGUGUGGUGGUUUUGGUGCCUCUCGGCCGCUUCGGCUCUCCAGUUCUCGGGGAGAGGGCAAUUCAAGAUCCUGCAGGUGGCGGAUAUGCACUACGCGAACGGAAAGACGACGGCGUGCCGGGACGUGCUGCCGGAGCAGGUCGCCCGGUGCUCUGACCUCAACACCACCGCCUUCUUGGAGCGGAUGAUCCGAGCUGAGAAGCCUGACCUCAUCGUCUUCACUGGUGAUAACAUCUACGGAUCGGAUACAGCCGAUGCAGUAAAAUCCAUGGAUGCUGCAUUUGCACCAGCGGUUGCGGCAGGGAUACCAUGGGCCGCUGUGCUAGGGAACCACGAUCAAGAAUCGACGUUGACGAGAGAAGGACUGAUGAAUCACAUAGUGACCAUGAAGCAUACACUUUCCCUUGUCAAUCCACCAUCAACAACAUCCGCCAUUAACGGUAAAGAACCCCAUAUCGAUGGUUUUGGUAACUACAACCUGGAGGUUCUCGGGGCUGAUGGUUCGAAACUCCAAAGCAAGUCGGUCCUGAAUCUCUAUUUCCUGGAUAGUGGUGAUUACGCCCCUCCAUCGAUUGGUGGGUAUGAUUGGAUCAAAACUUCUCAGCAAGCUUGGUUCCAGAGGACAUCCUUCAAGCUGCAGAAGAACUACACGAGUGCUCCAGAAGCUCAGUCAGAACCAGCACCGGGCUUGGUUUAUUUUCAUAUCCCGUUGCAAGAGUAUGCUCGAUUCGAUGCCUCCAACUUCACAGGCGUAAAGCUUGAACCAGCUGGGAAUGGGAUCAGUUCUUCAAAGAUAAACUCGGGCUUCUUUUCAACCAUGGUGAAAGCAGGGGAUGUGAGGGCAGUUUUCACAGGGCAUGAUCAUUUGAACGAUUUCUGCGGCAAACUCUCGGACAUAAACUUAUGCUAUGCAGGUGGGUUUGGCUACCAUGCUUAUGGGAAAGCAGGGUGGUCCAGGAGAGCAAGAGUAGUACUUGUUUCUCUAGAGAAAGACAAGUAUAACGCUACUUGGGGUGGAGUUAAAUCAAUCCGAACUUGGAAGCGUUUAGAUGAUGCGCCUCUGUCCAAGAUUGAUGAACAGACACUGUGGCAGAAGGUUCCAUCCGGCAAGCCUGGAAAAUAGUUCUUCGGAUUUCGUGUCUCAAAAGACGUCAAAAAUUCUGAAGCUUACAAACUCAUAAUAUGUUUCCUAGCUAUGACAAGCGCCCCCCCCCACUCUGAAGCAAUAUCCAAGCCAGAAAAUUGUACUUUUUAGAAUUUAUGUACCCAAUAAGAGUUAGCUGAACCAACAUGUACUGUUUGUAUUUUUGCUUCUCCUAUGAAUUCUACCAUCCUCA